AUGGCUUUUCCACGGAGAAUGUCGCGGCUAGUUCUGCUUACUGGCAUCGCGCUGGUCGUCAUGCUGGUAAUGCACCUCUUGCCAGGCGAAGGAUCCCCUUCACCAUUGCGGUCGCAACAGGCGCCGGCCUCACAACAGCAACCUGUAGCUGCUCCUGGAGAUCGGGGGUCCAAGUCACCAUCACAAGAUGAUGCAGCUUCGUCACCAUCAAAGCCGAAGUUCGAUUGGUCCAAGGCGAAACAAUUCCAUCCUCCCGGAUCGAUCAAGCCUAUGCCAACGGGUGCCCCACGAAAGAUGGGACGAGUCCAAGCACCGAACGACGCCUUCGCCCAUACAGACGAGACGAAAAAGCGGCAGAGAGUUGUGCGUGAUACGUUCAAGAGGAGCUACAAUGCGUACAGAACAUAUGCUUGGAUGAAGGACGAGCUCACACCUGUAUCUGGUGGCUUCAAGAAUCCAUUUGGAGGCUGGGCCGCCACCUUGGUUGAUGCGCUUGACACACUUUGGAUCAUGGACCUGCGCGAUGAGUUUCGGGAAGCAGCCAAGGCCGUGAGUGGUAUUGACUGGUCCGUUACAGAGGACGGUGCCGCGAAUAUGUUUGAAACCACCAUUCGACACCUCGGCGGUUUACUCAGUGCCUAUGAUCUCAGCGGCGACAAAGCUUUGCUGAACAAGGCUGUCCAACUAGGCGAGAUGUUAUAUCACGGCUUCGAUACACCCAACCGACUCCCCGGUUUCUGGUUCAACUACAAAGAAGCCCAAAAGGGUGAAUUAGUCGCCGGGACAAAUGAUCCCUCUGCAUCACCAGCCUCUCUUUGCGUCGAAUUCACCCGCCUUUCCCAAAUCACAGGCGACCCAAAGUACUAUGACGCUACAGACCGCGUAACACGCUUCCUGGAAAAGACUCAAAACGACACUGCUCUCCCCGGCAUGUGGCCCGUCUCGCUCGACUUUCGCAACCAAGCAGCGCGGGGCACCCACUUCACCCUCGGCGCACUCGCCGACUCCCUGUACGAGUAUUUCCCCAAAAUGCACGCUCUCAUGGGCGGCAUUGACCCUGUCUACGAGCAAAUGUACCGAACAGCCAUGGACACUGCCAGCGAAAACCUCUUGUUCCGCCCAAUGCUCCCCAAUGAGAACGAUGUUCUCUUUUCCGGCGACUACCAAGCCAGCAGUGCUGAGAAACUCGUCCCCGAAAGCCAACACCUCACCUGUUUCGUAGGAGGCAUGUUCGGUCUCGGCGGCCGCCUAUUCAACAUCGACGAACACGUCUCCCUAGGAGAACGCCUCGCCCGAGGCUGUGGUUGGGCAUACAGCGCUUUCCCAACAGGUGUGAUGCCCGAAAUCUUCAGGCUCAUCCCCUGCAAAGACAUGAAGAAAUGUCCCUGGGACGAAGCAAUCUGGAACAAGCAGGGGGCUAAACACCUCCCCAAGGGAUUUGCCGACGCCAGAGAUCCGCAGUACCAGUUGCGCCCAGAGGCAAUCGAGAGUAUCUUCAUAUUGUACAGAAUCACAGGAAAGAAGGAGCUGCAGGACAUUGCAUGGGACAUGUUCCAGGCGAUUCUGACCUCCACAGAGACCAAGUUUGCAUAUUCGUCGAUUUCGGACGUCACGACAAAGGGGAAGACGAAAAAGGUUGAUUCAAUGGAGAGUUUUUGGCUAGCCGAGACACUCAAGUAUUUUUAUCUCAUCUUUUCGCCACCAGAUUUGAUAAGUUUGGACGACUAUGUGCUUAAUACGGAAGCACAUCCUUUGAAAAGACCCGCUACGAGUACAUAA